GACCGAGAGAGGUACAAGUCCUCUGUCUUCUGACCUGCGCCCGACUUUGCCAUAUUCCCCUCCACCGCCGGCUCACACACAUCUACCUGCGGCUGUGAUACCGGGUCCUCAAAGAACCAACACACCACCCAGUUAGCACCUCCAACAUCACCACUGCGGGAGUGCAAGCAACCAACCGUCAUUAUCUAGACUUCCAUUCGGCCCCGUCGGUGAAAUCAUUUCGCCCUAUUGCACUUGCAUGGUUGGAGAGGAUUGACGAUGGCAAACAAGUCAGCCCGCACCAUUAUACGUUCACUCUCAAGUCAAUAGCCAAAGUCUGGCUGUCGUGUCACAGAGUCAUAUAAAGGCCCAAAGACAUCGCCUCUGCGAAAAAAAGAAAUCCUUCGACUCCAAGCAGCUCCUUCAUCAUCAUCACCACUGAGCACCCUUGCACCUUUCGAGAUUCUUUUCAAGCCACCAGUCUUCAGCUUUACACAGCACGAAGACCAAAUCUCACAUCUUAUCUCCUCAACGUCUCUCUCAGAGUACCCUAUUCCAUUAGACGCGCCCUCGACUAAAUCAUCGCUAUCCGCCGGUCAUCACUUUGAGCCAAAAUGUGUUCCAAGAUCUUUACCGUCUUCAGGUGCAACCACAGCUCACCCUCGUACCCUCCUGCCGAGAUUUCUUGCGCCUCUUUCAGGAGCGCCAUCGCUCGCGCGAACCAGUCGAACCAGCCAGUCGAAAGCUGCCCCAACUACAACGAGGUCAAGGAUGAGAAGGAUUCAUACUGCCCCGAUUGCCAAGCUGCCGGCCGUGGAUCUCUCUAAAAGACCUCCACUCUCCACGGCUCGCUACCGAAGUCGCAAGCUCUGAUGAGGAGCCAUCCCUAUGGUAUGGACCCUCAACAACAGCUCGCAUCUAUCAGCGAAGCCGACGCACACGACAGAAGUACACUCGACUGGUCGGGUUUUGUCUCCCUUCUACACCGAUACAUCUUCGGAUGAGCUGACCUGCAGCGCAAGAUCAGCUGGAGGAUAAUGACUGCAAGUGUGAUGCCGUCAUGACAGCAGGCAGGACACGACAUUCUCUUCAGCUUUCUACCCUUUUUUUUACUUGUCUCUUUCACUUUUUCCCAACUCACUUUUUCUCAUUUGACUAUCAUUAAGAUUAUUUUCUUCUCUCCUACAAGACUUGGCGCAAGGCUCCGCGGCAAUGAAGACGAUGUGGUUUAUCCUUAGCACAAGCACAGUCGGUGGGCUGCAGCGUGGAUGGCAGGGAUCUCAGUAGACGCUUCAGGUCAAUAGGCUUCUCUGGCUCCCGCUGGAGUAAUCAAUUUUUCAAUUUCUUUUCUCCCUU